AUGACUCGUUUUAAUAAAAACACAUAUAUUGAAUGUUUACCAGUAAGUGUAUAUAACGAAUUAGUUAAUGCACUGAAUAAAAAUGCAGCUUGGGUAACGUUAGCAAAUCAUGUAGCUGAAGAACUUCAAUAUCCAAGCUCUUUGUGGAUGCAAUCUUUGGAACAGAUCAAACAUCCAAACGAUUCUCCUGGACAAAAGUUACUUUCCGAAUUAAGUAUUAAAAUGUGUACUGUAGAAAUUUUAUGUGCAUUGUUGAGUGAUUGCAAACUUUAUAAUAUUCUCUCUAUUAUAUCUGAUCCAGAACCUUUGAAUAUUGUUAUACAUCCAGGGGAUGAGUUCGAAUCUAGUAUUUUACAAGUACCAAUUGGACGUCGUCUUCAUCUGUGCUGCAAAGCUAUUGGAAUGCCACUGCCAAAUUACAUAUGGUAUCAUGAUGAUAAACAAUUGCAACAUCAUACCUCUGAUAAGCUUGAUCUUAUUAUAAAUAGUGCUUCUCAAGCAGGAAAAUAUAAAUGUAAAGUAUCUCAAAUGAAACAUGAUGGAACAGUCAUAUCAACUUUGAUUUCAAAAGCUGUAAAUGUACAAAUUUUUCCUAUGCCUGUUAUAAUAGAAGAACAACCACAAGCAAUUUUGGAAAUCAAGGAAGGUGAAAAUUUUACAAUUUGUUGCAAAGCUAAUAGUUAUCCAGCACCACGUUAUCAAUGGUUCCAUGAUAAUACUAAACUAGAAGGAGAAACAUCUAAUAUUUUGCACAUAAAACAAUUUACUUUAAGAAAUGAAGGAAAAUAUUAUUGUUAUAUUUAUAAUGAUAUUAGCGAAAUCUAUACUCAAAGGACACGUGUAAUGAUGGAUCUUCCAAAGUUGAAAGCAGUUGCAAAAAUAGCUUUGAUUAUAGCAAAUGGAGAUUAUGAACACCAUGAAUGUCUCCUAAUGCCUAAAAAUGAUGCUGCAUAUAUUGGUAAUCUACUUAAAGAAAUAGGAUUCGAAGUAAUUUGUCUUAUCGAUUUGACAAUAUCACAAAUGAAAAAUGCAAUAAAAAUAUUCAGCAAAGCUUUAGCAGAAGGUGUAUAUGGUUUAUUCUAUUUUGCUGGUCAUGGUUUCAAAAUGCAAGAAAGUUACAUGCUUGCAACAGAUGCCCCAGAAACGUAUUUAAGAAAAGAUGCAAUAUGUGAAAGUGAACUAUUAUCCGCAUUUCUUGAGAAUGAUCCUGAAUUAUUAAUAAUUAUUUUAGACAUGUGUCAAACUUUACCUUCAAAAGAAUUUAAUCCCGAAAUAUACCAUGAAGUGCCAACAGUAAAUGAAUAUAAAAGUAAGAAGAAUCUUAGAAAUUUAAUUCAGGCAUAUUCUACCUCUAGUUAUCGACCCAGUUAUGAGAAGAUAAACAGCAAAUAUGGGUUGUACAUGACACACCUUAGCAAAUAUAUUACUAAAGACAUAACAGUCAUAAAAUUAUUUGAAGAAGUAGGGAAAUCCAUUGAUAGUUGUUUUAAAGGCAAAGAACGUAAUCAAAUUCCAAUGUUUGCUGCGUCUGUUACAAAACCGUUCCGUCUCACUGAUGCUAUUUACAGAAAAAAUCAUCCUGGUAUCAUUGAUUAUUUAAACAAACUCAUAUCGUGUACAACGGAGGUAAUAAACGUAAUGUUUAAACAAGCAAAUAUGUGUAGUAGAGUUACAAUAUCGCUAUUUAUAGAACCAUAUUUAAAUUUAAUAAAAAUCAAAGUACUGGAUUUGCCAAACGUAGAAAUCAACUUUUUCAAUUCCAUUCCGCCAAAACGAAAUAAUUUAUUUCAAGAUCAACAUAGAAAGGAAUGUUGGAUACACAAUCCCCAAAUUAAUGAGGGACCAUUGGUGAUUUCUGUGUUAAAAAAUGGAAUUUAUAUUGGUGCAGCAGAAUUAGAUAUAAAAAAUUAUAUACCUCCUUUAUUGAAAAUUAUAAACACUUAA